GCCUGUGAAGGGGGCAGCGAGACCGUGCGUGUUGUCGCUGCGUCUGCUCUGCGGACAGUUACGGUAAUGGUGCUGAUGAGGGCGAGGAGGAGACGCGUGAUGCUGCCGUUGUGUCCUGCUGCCAUUUCAUCCGCGGAUCAUCACGGACAAAUGAUCAAAUUAACCAGCAGCUCCUAUUAUCUGUCGGUGUGAACACUCAACCGCCCGGUCUCAUCUGUAAAUGUUGAUGGCGGACAAGAGGCCUGCUUAGUGUGAUGCAUGUUAUUGGUUAUUUCUGUAAUCCAACCACUGCUACUCUGGAGGUUCAUUUUUAGAAGACAUAAUCGUUGGUAUGGGGUUUGUUUUUUAAAGGUCCUGAGCUCUUAACUUUGAGGUUUUAUUUUGGUGAGACAUGGAGACGAUAUGGCUUUAUCAGUUCCGUCUGAUCGUCAUCGGAGACUCCACGGUUGGCAAGUCGUGUCUGAUCCGGAGGUUCACUGAGGGACGCUUCGCCCAGGUGUCAGACCCAACGGUGGGGGUGGACUUCUUCUCUCGCCUGGUGGAGAUCGAGCCGGGCAAGAGAAUCAAACUACAGAUCUGGGACACUGCGGGGCAGGAGAGGUUCAGGUCCAUCACCAGAGCCUACUACCGUAACUCAGUGGGAGGGCUCUUACUCUUCGACAUCACAAACCGCCGUUCCUUCCAGAACGUCCACAACUGGCUGGAAGAGGCCCAGAGCCACGUCCAGCCGCACAACAUCGUCUUCCUGCUGGUCGGUCACAAGUGUGACCUGGAGGUCCAGCGUCAGGUGACCCAGCAGGAGGCCGAGAAGCUGGCGGGGGCCUACCGGAUGCGUUACGUGGAGACAUCGGCACGAGAAUCCAUCAACGUGGAGAAGGCAUUUGUAGAUCUGACGAAGGACAUCUUUGAGCUGGUACGGAGCGGGGACAUUACGAUCCAGGAUGGCUGGGAGGGCGUCAAGAGUGGAUUGGUUCCUAACACCGUCCAUUCCUCCGAGGAGGUCACCAAGGGCAGCCGGCAGUGCUUCUGCUGAUUCCCCCGAUGGCUGCAGCGCGUGGGCUGACAGGUUGUCAUUCUUCAGUGGACUCCCAUCUGGAGGAGAUCUGUCUCCCGCCUUGGCUGCACUAUGGCCAGUUUUUGGGGGAUUCAUAAUAUUUCCCCUGCUCAGUUACACAAUUUACUUCUAUAUAUAAGACAUUGUUUUUAUCUGCCUGUUUAUGGCUCUUUAUUGAUGUUCCUAACAGGCUUAGAAGCACAAGAAGCAUCCCAAUCUUCUCACUGUUCAGUUUGCAUGUGUGUGUGUGUGCGUGUGUGUGUGUGUGUGUGCGCGUGUGUGUGUGCGCGUGUGACUGACUGUAAUAAUCCUGCUGUCUUUGCAGCUCUCAACACUUCAGCUUUACUGCACUUUUGGCCUUUCCUGAUGUGUACAGAUAUACUCCAGUGGAUCGUGAUGUUGUUGGUGCCCUUCUCUUCAAGACUGACGCUGCUGUCAGUGAACUGUGUGAAUCAGAGAUUCCAAGACCGAGCCAUCCCUCUUCCUUUACAUGCAUAAUAUAUAUUGCAACCAGACUAUUUAACCAGUGGGAGAGACGAGACAGAAAGAGGUCCUCACUGAUUGAACUGCACUACAAAUCCAAGUGGCUUAAAACAUGAAGAGAGCGGAUGAUAAUGCAAGUGAACUCAGAUUGAACCAAAGUUUGAGACUCAGCUGGACCUGUUGUUUGUUUGUCUGACGGCGACCUGCUAACGACUGCUUGAGAAAGAGUUUGCACUGUGAAAAUGUUAAACGGUACAUUUGCUGAAAGGAAAAGAUACUGUAGCUGCUCACUGAUAGCCAUUAUAACUUAAUAAUAGCAAGGAGAUUUAUCAAUCUGUAAAGUACCCACGUUCUUGACUGUGUUGAUUUACUGGUGAGAACUGUUAAGACGUAACCUUAAAGCCUUUCGUUUGAAACCCCAUUAUGUUCAAUAUUAAAUCAUGUCAAAUAUAUAAAUGAACCAUCAAUUUGUAAAAUAAAUGAUGAAAUGCUUCGAACUUAUAAUGAAAUGUUGUUUGUUAUUUUCAUAAUAACAUUUUUUAUUGGAGUUCAUUUUUAUUUUAUUAUUUACAUUUUUACUUAAAAUGCCCCUUCUGUUAUUUUGCAUGAUGGCAUUUUCUCGAUGGCAGCAUGUUUCAUACCACAAUUUAUUUUAUAGUUUCAGAUGAUCGUGGUGUUGUCACUUGCCUCAUGCCUCAAUCAACUGCUAUCACAUUGACCCCUUUAUCUUUUUAGUUAGCUGAUGUUAGAGCAACUGAAUGUCUGCAUUUGGUCCCAGAUGUAAAACACAAAGUAACUCUGAACUAACCAGCUUUUGGUUAUAAUUCACAAUCCUGUGCAGCUAGUCAACCAGCUGGGUGUGUUCAGGCAACUGUAGAGGAGAUUAUAGUCACAAUGUGUGUGUACUGGUCUUAUUUACCACUGAUGCAUAGUUUGGUUAAUAUUUGACAUUGUUGUUGGAGGAGCUAAUUGGCUAAAUGUGAUAGCAAAAAAUACUUUUGAAAAUGUCUGUCUAUUAUGAAAUGGAAAGUAACUCCAAUAAAAAAAAUUUGAAAUUCAGAAAUUAUUUAAAAAAAUGAUUGUUUGGUUUAUAAAUUGCACACAAUUGCUUCAUGUAAUUAUUUGUCAUACUAACUUGUUGUAUUGAACACUUUGGGGCACCAUAGUUUUGGUAACUGAUUUCAGGAAUUUAAACAUUAAAUGGCACCUUCAGGUCACACACUUCUCUUAUGCCUACAAUGCAUUUAUGUAUUCAUAUUCAUAUGUAAUCAUUGCAUGCCUCCAUUUUUACUAACAUUUUCCAAAGCAAGUACAUUUUUUAUAUAAUGUAAAUAGCUAUUUCAUUUAGUUCUUGGAAUCUCAUUAGAGCAGAAAUAAUAAAGAUACAAAUGUCUAUAUGAAACCCUG